CGUGUAACUUUUUUGACCAGGAGCAGCAGGCUGGAAAGAGGAAGCAAGAAGCUUUAAGAGUUAGAUCUCCCCAACACAAAGUAACACAGUUGCUACGUUUGAAUACGUUUUUACCACCUGCUGGCCAGGGGCUGCAGCGGCAUUAAAAAGUUAGAAAAGCCCAAACCCGCAAAGUUCAAUAGAUUUGAAGAAAGAAAAAAAAGACGUUAUCUGCGUGAAGGGAAUAGAGCGAAGAUGACGACCAUAGAUCCACAUGUGCAAUAUACCAACUCUUAUAACAUGACAGAAGACGAAUAUAUGCUUCAAGAAGAAGACUGGGAUAGAGACCUACUCCUGGAUCCUGCUUGGGAGAAGCAACAGAGGAAGACAUUCACAGCCUGGUGUAACUCCCAUCUUAGAAAAGCUGGCACACAGAUUGAAAAUAUUGAAGAAGACUUCAGAAAUGGAUUAAAAUUGAUGCUUUUGCUUGAGGUUAUCUCUGGGGAGAGAUUGCCUAAACCAGACAAAGGAAAGAUGCGUUUCCACAAGAUUGCAAAUGUGAACAAAGCUCUGGACUUUAUUGCCAGCAAAGGAGUGAAACUUGUGUCUAUUGGUGCUGAGGAAAUUGUUGAUGGAAAUUUGAAGAUGACUUUGGGUAUGAUCUGGACUAUCAUUCUUCGUUUUGCAAUACAGGACAUUUCUGUUGAAGAAACGUCUGCAAAGGAAGGUUUGCUGCUCUGGUGUCAAAGGAAAACCGCCCCCUACAGAAAUGUCAAUGUGCAGAAUUUCCACAUCAGUUGGAAGGAUGGCCUUGCACUGUGUGCUCUCAUUCAUAGACACAGACCUGACCUUAUUGACUACUCCAAACUCAGAAAGGAUGACCCCAUCGGUAAUCUCAACACUGCUUUUGAUGUGGCAGAAAAAUAUCUGGAUAUUCCCAAAAUGUUGGACGCAGAAGAUAUUGUGAAUACACCCAAACCAGAUGAGAAGGCCAUCAUGACAUACGUAUCCUGCUUCUACCAUGCAUUUGCUGGUGCUGAGCAGGCUGAAACUGCUGCAAACAGAAUCUGUAAGGUUCUAGCUGUUAACCAAGAAAAUGAGAAGCUGAUGGAAGAAUAUGAGAAGUUAGCAAGCGAGCUCUUGGAAUGGAUCCGCCGUACCAUCCCCUGGCUGGAGAACAGGUCCCCAGAGAAAUCCAUGAGUGCAAUGCAGAAGAAGCUGGAGGACUUUAGGGACUAUAGGAGAGUUCACAAGCCACCCCGUGUGCAGGAGAAGUGCCAGCUGGAAAUUAAUUUCAACACUCUGCAGACCAAGCUAAGACUUAGCAACCGGCCUGCAUUCAUGCCCUCAGAGGGCAAGAUGGUGUCCGACAUUGCAAACGCAUGGAAAGGACUGGAGCAAGUAGAAAAGGGUUACGAGGAGUGGCUUUUACUAGAAAUUAGGAGACUGGAACGUCUAGAACAUCUGGCUGAAAAGUUUAAGCAAAAAGCUUCCCUGCAUGAGUCUUGGACUAGAGGAAAGGAAGAACUACUAUCUCAGCGAGACUAUGAAUCAGCAUCCCUCAUGGAGAUCCGUGCUUUGGUGCGUAAGCAUGAGGCUUUUGAGAGUGAUCUGGCAGCUCACCAAGAUCGCGUGGAGCAGAUCGCUGCUAUUGCUCAGGAGUUAAAUGAGCUAGACUAUCAUGAUGCUGCCGCUGUUAACAGCCGUUGCCAGGCUAUCUGUGACCAGUGGGACACUCUUGGUACCCUUACACAGAAGAGGAGGGAUGCCCUUGAGCGCGUAGAAAAGCUCCUGGAGACCAUUGACCAGUUGUAUCUUGAGUUUGCGAAGAGAGCAGCUCCUUUCAAUAACUGGAUGGAUGGGGCCACUGAGGAUCUGCAGGAUAUGUUCAUUGUACAUAGCAUUGAGGAGAUCCAGAGUCUCAUUACAGCACAUGAGCAAUUUAAAGCCACUCUUCCAGAAGCUGACAAAGAGAAGAUGUCCAUUUUGGGAAUCCAGGCUGAGAUCCAGAAAAUUGCCCAGACUUAUGGAAUUAAACUUUCCGGUAUCAAUCCAUACACCAAUCUCACCCACCUUGAUAUUGCUAAUAAGUGGGAGACUGUGAAGCAACUGGUUCCCCACAGAGACCAAACAUUGCAAGAGGAACUUGCUCGCCAGCAGGCUAAUGAGCGCCUGCGCCGCCAGUUUGCUGCACAAGCCAAUGUUAUUGGACCCUGGAUCCAGACAAAGAUGGAGGAAAUUGGCCGUAUUUCUGUAGACAUUAGCAGUUCACUGGAAGAUCAAAUGAACCAUCUCAAACAGUAUGAGCAGAACAUUAUUUCCUACAAAUCCAACAUUGAUAAACUGGAAGGAGACCACCAACUCAUUCAAGAAUCUUUGAUUUUUGACAACAAGCACACCAGCUACAGCAUGGAGCAUGUUCGUGUAGGAUGGGAGCAACUCCUCACUACUAUUGCUAGAACCAUCAAUGAAGUGGAGAACCAGAUUUUGACUCGUGAUGCCAAGGGCAUCAGCCAAGAACAGAUGAAUGAGUUCCGUGCAUCGUUUAACCACUUUGAUAGGAAGAGGAAUGGCAUGAUGGACCCAGAUGACUUCAGAGCUUGCCUUAUCUCCAUGGGAUAUGAUCUGGGUGAAGUGGAAUUUGCCAGGAUUAUGACUUUGGUUGAUGCCAACAAUACAGGUGUUGUGACCUUCCAGGCCUUUAUUGACUUUAUGACCCGAGAGACAGCAGAAACUGACACAGCUGAGCAGGUCAUGGCUUCAUUUAAAAUACUGGCUUCAGACAAGGGCUACAUCACAAUUGAUGAACUCCGCAGAGAACUGCCUCCUGAACAGGCUGAAUAUUGCAUCAGUCGCAUGACAAAAUAUAUGGGUGCAGAUGCAGUGUCGGGUGCCUUGGAUUACAUUUCAUUCUCUAGUGCUCUCUAUGGGGAGAGCGACCUGUAAUUAAAAUUAAAAAAAAAGCAUCUUUACCUGUAACUCAUUACUAUCCCCAAGCUCUACUAUUGCCUAGUUCGCAGCUACCUUUCCCUGUACCUAGAAAUUGUAUCCCUUCAAAGGAAAAACAUUUUUUUUUUCGAAAUGUAGAAUUAUGUGUCAAAUGUAUAUAUACACUUUGUUUAUUCAUCUCAGUGGGCUGUUAUGGAGGCACUAUUCUCAAACAAAUGAUAAAUCAGGGAAAGACAUCUCGUGGAAGUGAUUUGGUGGUGAUGACUCUGAAUUAAAGUCAAUAAGAUGGAAUGUUUCUGGAGGUUAGGACAAGGUCAUAUUGGAAUUCUGAAACAUAGAAAAACUCAUGUGUAAUGCCUUUUUAUUAUUAACACAUUAUGAAUGCAUUGUGAAUUGCUUGAUUUUUUUAAAGUAAUGAAAUGUUGCUCAUUCAGCAUUAUUCUAAUGACACAUAAAGAGGCAUUCACAUUAGAUUUGUGGCAUUGGCCUCCCUUGAUUCCAGGUGCUAUCAAUGUUUAAUGACAAAAUAGCCAUUUGACAUUAUUGUCUUUUCUCUGGAACUAAGCAACUUCAGUCCUUGAUUUCCCUGUGCUCUGCCAAGAUAGCUGUAUUACAGUUUACAAGUGGUUGUAAGAAAUUAAUUCUGGAUCAAUAAAUCUAUUUGAUUCUCACAGAAACAUUUCAUGUAAAGUAUGCAUCAGAGGCUCCAUGUCUGAAUUACAUUCAUUCAAGUGUAUAUAUACAUUUUGUGGAUAUUGCCAUAUUUAAAUAAAGACUGGUUUAUCAUUUCACAUUACCCACACCAGUAAAAUAUAAUAAUCUUUUUAACGUAUUCUCCUUCAUACAAAGGCACAAGUGGAAAAUGGGAUUGCAAUCAAGUGACAUUGUCAUUGAACCAUCUGCUUUGUUAACAUCAACUAAUUGACAAUAAAAUAUUUCUCUUAAUGCCA